AUGUUAAAUAAUGGUAGGACAAUAAAUAUAGAUGAUUAAACAAAACAUAGAUUAAGUACUCAAUGUAAAGAUAAUUUUUUACAAUUUAUAAUGAUUUAGAAAGCUGGAAAGUAAGGAGAUAUAAGGAUGUUGAAUUAUUUGAAAACUAUUUACCCAAAGGAAUUAAAGGCUAAAACUUUGAAAUAAGCUUCGAAUAUUGACUACCUGAAGCAUUAAGAAUAAAGUGAAAAGAUUCUAAGUCAAUAAGCAAAAUUUAUUUUAAAAAGUAGAAAAAACAAUUGCUAGACUGAUAGACCUCGAAGCAGAUUAGAUGAAUUAAUAAAAAAACCUAAUAACUUAUCGCCAAGAUGCCUUUUGACGACAGUAGAUAAAUUCAAUAUUUGA